UUGAGCUUUCAAAGUUUCCAUUUUUUAUUUGCUCAAUCGAAAUCAAAUUGAGUCUCUCUCUGUCAACCUGAAAAAAAUGGUUGUUCACCGGAUAAUACCUUCCAGAAUCUCCCGCGUAAAAGACCCUCUCACUCGAUGUAAACCUCUCAAAACCUUGACCACAUCUUCAUCACCUUCUCUCGAAUUCGAACCCUCUUCUUCUUCGUCUUCUUCUUCGGAUUCUGAUUCAGUGGAGAGGAUAUGUUUCAGUUUGAAGCAAGGUAGUAAUAAUGUGGCUUCUAUGAGAAACCACCUGAUUCGGCUAAACCCUUUAGCCGUCGUUGAGGUUUUGUACCGUUGCCGCAAUGAUUUAUGUCUAGCUCAAAGGUUCGUGGAUCAAUUAGGGUUUAAUUUUACGAAUUUCAAGCAUACGUCUUUGUCUUUAAGCGCAAUGAUUCAUAUCCUGGUGAGAAGUGGGAGAUUGUCGGAUGCUCAGGGUUGUGUUCUUAGGAUGAUUAGGAGGAGUGGUGUUUCUAGGGUAGAGAUUGUGAAUGCUUUGGUUUCAACGUAUAGUAAUUGUGGUUCCAAUGAUUCGGUUUUCGAUUUGUUGAUUAGGACUUAUGUACAGGCUAGAAAGCUUAGAGAAGCACAUGAGGCUUUUUCAUUGCUUAGAAGCAAAGGUUAUACGGUUUCUAUCGAUGCUUGUAAUGCUCUUAUCGGGAGCUUGGUGAGGAUCGGGUGGGUUGAAUUGGCUUGGGGGGUUUAUCAGGAAAUUUCUCGGAGUGGCGUUGGUAUUAAUGUUUUUACUCUCAAUAUCAUGGUUAAUGCUUUGUGCAAAGAUGGGAAAAUGGAAAAAAUUGGAACUUUUUUAUCACAAGUGAAAGAGAAGGGAGUUUAUCCGGAUAUUGUUACAUACAAUACAUUGAUUAGCGCCUACUCUAGUAAAGGUCUUAUGGAAGAGGCAUUUGAGUUGAUGGAUGCUAUGCCGAGCAAAGGGUUUAGUCCUGGUGUUUAUACUUUUAAUACUGUGAUAAAUGGACUGUGUAAGCAUGGGAGAUACGAGAGAGCCAAGGAAGUUUUCGCUGAGAUGUUAAGAUCUGGGUUAAGUCCUGACUCCACUACCUACAGAUCGUUGCUGAUGGAGGCAUGUAAGAAGGGAGAUGCUGUCGAAACGGAGAAGAUUUUCAGUGAUAUGAGAUGUAGGGAUAUUGUUCCGGAUUUGGUUUGUUUUAGCUCGGUAAUGAGUCUUUCUGCUAGGAGUGGAAAUCUCGACAAGGCAUUAGUGUAUUUUCACAGUGUGAAGGACGCUGGUCUGAGUCCUGACAAUGUGAUCUACACCAUUCUUAUCCAAGGGUAUUGUAAAAAAGGUAUGAUUUCUGAAGCUAUGAAUUUGAGAAAUGAUAUGCUUCGGCAGGGUUGUGCUAUGGAUGUUGUUACCUACAACACCAUUUUGCAUGGGUUAUGCAAACAGAAAAUGUUGCGUGAAGCGGAUAAGUUGUUCAAUGAAAUGACCGAAAGGGGUUUAUUUCCAGAUUCUUACACUUUAACCAUACUGAUUGAUGGACAUUGUAAGCUCGGAAAUCUGCAAAAUGCAAUGGAGCUUUUCAAAAAGAUGAAGGAAAAGAGAAUCAAACUCGAUGUUGUGACGUACAACACGCUGUUAGAUGGGUUUGGUAAGGUAGGCGAUAUCGACACAGCAAAAGAGAUAUGGGCAGAUAUGGUAUCAAGAGAGAUACUUCCCACUCCAAUAUCGUACAGCAUUAUGGUCAACGCGCUGUGCAGUAAAGGCCAUCUCUCUGAGGCAUUCCGAGUUUGGGAUGAAAUGACUAGUAAAAGUAUAAAGCCAACGGUUAUGAUUUGUAACUCUAUGAUAAAGGGAUAUUGCCGAUCUGGUAAUGCCUCAGAUGGAGAAAGCUUUUUGGAGAAGAUGAUCUCAGAAGGUUUUGUGCCAGAUUGCAUCAGUUACAACACAUUGAUAUACGGUUUUGUCAAAGAAGAAAACAUGAGCAAAGCUUUUGGUUUGGUGAAGAAGAUGGAGGAGAAGCAAGGAGGAUUAGUACCUGAUGUAUUUACAUACAACACGAUCUUACAUGGGUUUUGUAGACAAAAUCAAAUGAAAGAAGCAGAGGUUGUGCUAAGGAAGAUGAUCGAAAGAGGUAUAGAACCUGAUAGGUCAACGUAUACAUCUCUGAUAAAUGGAUUUGUGUCUCAAGAUAACUUAACAGAGGCAUUCCGGUUUCACGAUGAGAUGUUGCAGAGAGGAUUCUCUCCUGAUGAUCAAUUUUGAAUCAGUUCUUUUUUCUUUUUUUUUUGUAAUUUUGCUGAGUUACUCUACUGAGCCUAUAUAUGAGUUAUAUUUUGGACAAAAGGACCAAAGAUAGUGUUACUGCAGAAGAAGCUCAAGGAACUUGUUUUUUUUGAAUAGCAAAACAUUGUUGUACUGUACAUAUAUAUAUAUUUU